AUGUGGUUCACUUCUGCACUCAUCGCUGCUCUACCGCUGCUCUCUCUUGCUGCCCCCGUGGCCAAGGAGAAUGGCGAUGCCCUCCCCCGCACCGACUACGACGCCAUCAUCAUCGGUGGCGGCCCCUCCGGCCUCGCCGCGCUGAGCGGCCUCGCCCGCGUCCGCCGCAAUGUUCUCCUCGUUGACUCGGGCGAGUAUCGCAACGCCGCCACCCGGCAUCUGCACGAUCUACCCGGAAAUGAUGGCCAGCAGGGCGCCUACUACCGCUUCGUCGCCCGCAAGUCCAUCGCCAACUAUGGCACCAUCACCAUGACCAACGGCACCAUCACCAAGAUCCAGCCCGAGCGCAACAACACCUACUUCACCGUCACCGGCACCUACACCGGCGACCACGAGAUCACCUACACGGCGCGCAAAGUCAUACUCGGCACCGGCAUCCGCGACGUCAUCCCCGGCACGCCCGGCCUACGGGAGAACUUUGGCAAGGGCAUCUACUGGUGCCCGUGGUGCGACGGCCACGAGCACGCCGACCAGGCGCUCGGCAUCGUCGGCCCCGUGACCGCCGCGCCGGGCACCCUGCGCGAAGUCACGACGCUCAACACCGACGUCGUCGCCUUCACCAACGGCACUGCCGCCAACCAGACCCUGCUCGACGCCACCGAGGCGGGCUUCCCGCGCUGGCGCGAGUACAUGGCCGCCAAGGGCGCGCCCGUCGACGACCGCGUCAUGACCUCGAUCGAGCGCCUGCGCGACGGCGCCGACCCCUCCGCCGACCCCAGCCUGCCCACCCACCCGGAGCACGACCUCUUCCGCGUCCACUUCGCCUCCGGCGAGCCCGUCCUCCGCAACGCCUUCAUCAUCAACGUCCCGACGGAGCAGGCGUCGUCGCUCCCGGCGGACAUUGGCGCCGAGGUGGUCAAGGGCAAGAUCGCGGUGGACGCGAACAAGGGCCUGGUGACGAGCGUGCCGGGCGUGUACGCGAUCGGUGACGCGAACAACGCGGGCGCGACGAAUAUACCCUUCGCACUGUUCAGCGGCAAGCGCACGGCGGUCUACCUGCACGUGCAGCUGGAGCGCGAGAACGCGGACGCGCUGCUGGCCAGCCUCGGGAAGAACGGGACGAGCCGCGGCAUUUCGAGCCGCAGCAUCCACGAGGAGGCCCGUGAUGUCUGGGACGAGAUGAACGGGAGCCCAGACGACGUCUUGUACGCCGGCGAGUUUGACCAAGAAAGAGUCGCAUAA